AUGGGUCUCAAGGAUGUGAAAAAGAGGGGACCCAGCCCCUUUGCGUCUCCUGAGCGUUUAGUUGCGGAGGCGAACGAAUCUCGAAUUAACAAAAGCUCGGCGGUAACUUUGGGGACGACCGACAAAGCGGUAAGGAUAAAGAAAAAGUACAAAUUUGCUCCAGUCAAUACUCUAAGCGAUGGUAAAGAUACUAAGAAGAGGGACCCCGAAGUUUUGCGAUCUAUUUCCGUGUCAGAAGUUCGAAAAUCGAAAAAGAGCGAAGCUUCGGCUCCAUCGCUUGAAACAGCGGAAACAAAGAUUAAAAAGAAUACGCCUAAAGGCCCAGGAAGUGGAUCAAAGAUAAAUGCAGAAAUUGGACGUUCCGAAGAAGUAGUCUGGCAGUUCUCUCCAAAUCACAAUGAACGCUUAGAAUACACCGAAACGGAUCGGGGUUAUCGAUCGCCGUCAGAAGACAGUUUAAUUGAACAGGUUGUUAAGGAAUCAUCCACACCGAUUGUGCCUAAUAAAUUUCGGAGUGUACUGAAUUUGUCGCACAUCAAUACGGGAUCAUCGCGCAAUGUUGGAUCGCCGCUUCUAGCCUCAAAAACUCAGUCGCUUCGACAAAACUCACUACCCAGAAGCUUAAGUGGACCACCAGAUUCAAGACCCUCCACGCGAGAUAUUGAUGAGAUUAUCAAUGAUAUCGAAGGCGACUUUGAACUAAGACCCCCAUUUCAAAGUAAAGAUAUUCCUUCAUCACCGACACGGAUGGUCUCUCAAAAACUUCAAGCAAACGAAAAAUGUAAUGAGCAUGUUUUUCCAGUUCCCACUUCUUCAUCAUCAGAAUCAUUAAGUGGUGGGGACGAUAAGAAAGCCGGAAGCUGCAAAAAUGACAAAAGUAAUAGCGAUGCUAUUAAGUACAAUAAAAAUGAAGCUGAUGUUAAUUCUGAUUCUGAUGAUGAUGAUGAUGACUCACUAAUAGAAGUUCUCACACAGAGAUUUGGCGAUGCAGAAAGCGCCAGCAAGCCAGCCACUGUCCCUACAGCUAAUGAAAAAGUAUCUGAAUUGCAUCUUGACUCCGAUGACACUUACGACGACUCUCUAAUCGAAUACUUACAGACAGCAGAACAGAGCACAAAAGUGUCAGUGGCCAUGGAUCCAGAUGGCGUACAAAUAGAAUCACAAAUUGAUUCUGUUGAAAAGCAGUUCUCUCAAAACUUAACAGUGCAGGAGAGAGCUAAGUUUGAACCUGACGCUAUAGAACAUUACAUUAAGAGGGCCAGAUUUGCGGUGUUAAGAGAGGAUAUGAACAGGGUGGUACUUGUAGAAGCGAAGGAACAACAAAUAAAAAACAAUGUCAGUCAAAAAGUUCUAAAGUGUAUAGAUCAUGAAGGCAAGUUUGUGAACCUAAUCAUCAGAGAGCCUUGGGUGAACUUGAAGUUCGAAAUGGGUGAUGUAAUCCACACAAUUCGAGGUCAAAAUUGUUCCAACGGAAGACUUUUUUCUAAUGACACAGAUCCGCAGAGUGGGAAGAUGAAUGAUAACUUACUAAUUCUAAAUCCUGAUAUUUUGCUCUCUGCUACUACUAUAGGGAGAGCCAUUGAAUGUCAACGGAAAGCAAUUAUCUGUGGUCAAAUUAAUGGGCCCGGUGAACCCAGCCUUCCAGCUUUGGUUGGAACAAUUGUACAUGAAUUAUUGCAGGCCUGUCUGAAAUACAAACUUGAUCAUCGACGUCUAUCUGAUGGUUUCAUGACAUCAACUCUUAAAUCUCUUUUAAACUUCUAUGCAGCGGAUAUCAUAUUGUGCCAAACAACCAAAGAACUUCUUUUGGAACAAAUAUCCACAGAUCAUAGCAGUAACAUAAAGCACUUCAUUGAUGAGUAUGUUAAAGGUGAAAAUUGUGGAUAUGCCCCUAAAAAAAGAGGGCCCGGGGGCUCUGAAUAUGUCUCGAUUGCCAAUGUCAUUGAUAUUGAAGAAAAUAUAUGGUCUCCAAUGUAUGGCUUAAAAGGAUUCAUUGAUGCCACAGUUGAAGCGAGACUAAACGAUAACUCGAGAUUCAUAUCUCCAUUAGAACUGAAGACCGGCAAGACCAAGUCUAUAUCACACGAAGCUCAAGGAACUAUCUACACCUUAUUACUGAAUGACAGAUAUGAAAUUCCGGUUCACUUCUUUCUUCUGUUCUACACCAAGUCUAAUGACUUCACCAAACACAACACUCUGUUGAGCUCACUUAAGCAUUUGCUUGUGCUACGCAAUCAAGUCUCUGUUUAUUUGAAGCACGAGCUUACAGAAAUCACUACUCUUGAGCGGAAAGGUGCUAAACUUCCACCGAUCUUGAGAAGUUCCACUUGUGACCACUGUUACUCCAAAAGUGAAUGUAUGGUUCUGAACAGCCUGUGCGACGAUGGCACUGCAGCUGAGAGUGGUUUAAAGCCAGGUGAAUAUGAAGCCUUGGCUGGCCACCUUAUCAAUAAUCAUACACAAUAUAAAGAGUUUUUCAUGAAAUAUGAGGACCUCAUUGUAAAGGAAGAAUCCAGCUUGAAUGGUAUAAACAGAGAAAUUUUUCUACUUGAUAGCCGUACUAGAGAGUCGCUCAGCGGCAAAUGUCUGAGUAAUUUACAGAUAAAGGAAUCUGAUGAGGAUGAUGUCACCAAACUGAUAAAAUACACUUUCAUUAGGGAUAGUGAUAAGUAUGAACUGCCGCUAAUGACUAAUUCACAGCUUUCGAAGAACGAUAUUGUAUACGUGAGUGAUGAAUCCGGUCAUUUUGCUUUAUGCUCUGGCCGUGUGCAUUCUAUCUCCAGUAACGAAGUAUCAUUAACUACUUCGCGAAGACUGGAAAGUAACAAUAUACAUGUACCAGGCUUUGAGAAGAACAGUAAUCAAACAUUGAGAACGGUGCUUAUGCCUGCUGUUCGUUCAAGUUUGACUCGCCAAAAGCCGCUAACUUACCGAAUAGAUAGAAAUGAAAUUCAACAUGGGAUGGCUAUGGCUCGAUUCAAUUUACUAAACUUGUUUCUUCCACCAGUUCCCGACGGUGCAGUGGCGAUAGAUGAUAUCACUGGCGGAGAUGUGAAAAUGAAAGAAUCUUGGGGUGGUGACUCUAAGUCAAGAGAGCUUAUAAUAGACGGUAGAUGUCCCAGAUUUGUACCGGAGUCGAAACCGCCCCUGAUAGCCUAUGACAUCAAUGCCAAGGCAAAUUUCAACGUUGAUCAACAAAAAGCAUUUGAUAAGGUCAUGCGAGCCGAAGAUUAUGCGUUGAUACUAGGUAUGCCUGGUACGGGUAAAACGACGCUAAUUGUUGAAAUUGUUAAGACGCUGUUAGCGGGCGGCAAAACCAUCAUGCUCACCUCAUACACGCACUCCGCUAUCGACAAUAUUCUUAUCAAGCUGAAGAACUGUGGUAUCAAUAUCAUGAGGCUCGGAAACAAGCACCGAGUUCAUCCGGAAGCUCAGGAGUUUGUUGUCGAUAUUUCUGGAGCAAAAAGCUUCCAAGAUGUUACUGACAUUUCACAAAGGGCGUCAGUAGUGGCAACUACAUGUCUGAACAUUAAUGACACAUUACUAUCCAUACGGCGCAAAGAUUUCGACUACGUGUUGAUCGACGAAGCGAGUCAGUUGUCUUUACCUAUGUGCGUGGGCCCACUGAAGUUUGCGUCAAAAUUCGUGCUGGUGGGAGAUCACUACCAGCUGCCACCGCUGGUCAAGAACGACGCAGCACGACUGGGCGGUCUAGACGAGUCUCUUUUCAAGCUUUUGUGCGAUAAACAUCCUGAGAGUGUUGUGGAAUUGACAUACCAAUACCGAAUGUGUCAAGAAGUGAUGACGUUGUCGAAUUAUUUGAUCUACGAUGGGAAAUUAAAGUGUGUAAGUGAUCAAGUUCGAGACCAAACUUUAAAUACACCAUACGCGGACGAGCUUAUUAAGUUGAUGAUGCCAAAAGCCUCAAAACCAUGGCUUCAGGAAGUGGUAAAGAGUGACAGAAAAGUGGUGUUUCUAGAUCACGACAAAUGCGAUUCUUGUCAAGAAGUGGCAGAGAAGGACAACAUCAAGAAUCAAGGCGAAGCUGAAGUCGUGUGGCAGUGUGUAGCUGCCAUGAUCCGAAGCGGGGUGCCGCGGACAGACAUCGGGGUCAUGACAUUGUACCGCGCACAGCUCAGACUACUGCGUAAGAUGUUUGAUUCCGAAGAAGACGCGAAUCUGGAGAUUCUGACCGCGGACCAGUUCCAAGGUCGCGACAAAAAGUGCAUUGUGAUCUCUAUGGUGCGCAGCAACAACGAGCUGAACGGCGGCAGUUUGCUGCGAGAGCUGCGCCGCGUGAACGUCGCGAUGACCCGUGCAAAGUGCAAGCUUAUCAUUGUUGGUUCCAAAACCACUGUGAGCUCCGUGGAAAAUCUACGCGGGUUCAUGGAGCUGCUGGAAACACGCGGCUGGCUCUACACCUUGCCCCCAGACUGUUUAGAGUGCUACAAGUUACCAAGAGAGUCGGCGUCGCAGCGGAGUGCGCAAAAAACGGUACGGAAGGCGGCAAACGUUACGGGCGAGUCCAAAUUUGCGCAAAACAAGCCAAUCGUCCGUGAUAUUUUGAACGGAAUGUAA